AUGCAAUCGCGAGGUUGGCACAGUGAGACUAGACGUCACUUGGUCGUUCGUGGUGAGAUCUCGGUUCGUAAACAUACAAAAACUGUAUGUGAAAUUGUAUGUGUUUGGAAGUGUAGGAAUAGUGUCGGUGGAGGAACAAUAAGGAACAGUAGAAGCCGCUUAUUGGGAACACAGAUAAUUGAUGCAAUCAGCUUAUUGGAACAUAACAUUGGUUAUUUGAAACAAUUAGGCGAAGGGCAAAUCAGGGUCACUGAAGAAAACGUCCUGGGCUUGCUACCAGCCGCAGAUCUCUUGCAGUUACAAGGAGUAAAAGACGCUUGUUGUGAUUUUUUACAGUCACAGCUCUGUCCUACAAAUUGUAUCGGUAUUAACACUCUUGCUGAUUUACAUAGCUGUAAAAAAUUGAUAACAAGAUCAGAAAUAUAUAUUCAUCAACACUUUUCUGAAGUUUUUGGCGGUGAUGAAUUCCUAUCCUUAUCAUCGGAACAAGUAAUUAAGUUGAUAUCCAAUAAUAGACUUCCAGUAUCAUCUGAUGAAAAAGUGUUUGAAAGUGUGAUAUCUUGGGUGAAAUAUGAUUUGGGUUCAAGACAAUGUAUUUUACCCCAAUUAAUGGAACACGUGCGAUUACCAUUAACAUCGAAAGAGUACAUAUUAAAAAAUGUAAUUGAGGAACCACUUAUUUUGAAUUGUUUUAAAUGUUAUCAUUACGGAUUUGAGGCAUUAAAUACAAUCAACUCGGAAGAGUUUAUUCCGCAAAUCGUCCGGAAUAUACCCAGACAUGGCGAAAAAGUUCUAUUAGUUAUCGGUGGAAAUGAGUUUGGACCACGUAAUAGCUUAGAAUGGUUUGAUCCAAGAACGGAUCAAUGGCAUUUUGGACCAGAAUUGAUUACAGACCGAUGUGUAAAUAGUCUAGUCGUAAUUAAUGAUAAUUUUGUAUUUGAUGUGGGUUGUAAUGCAUCACAUCGGUCUGUUUAUAUGCUUGAUUUGUCUUCCGAAUCACCUUGUUGGCAACCAAGUGUCGACAUGUUAGUUGAAAGAAGACUUUCAGGUUUUGGUGUAAUAAAUGAUAAAAUAUAUGCUGUAGGCGGAUUGGAUGAUAUGUUUGGUAAUUUACAAAGUGCAGAAGUUUUCGACUACAAUACUCAAGCAUGGCGUAUGAUAUGUAGUAUGACUUCUAUAAGAUCUUCAUUUGGUGUUGGAGUCCUGAAUGAACUUUUAUAUGUGGUAGGAGGUCAUGAUGAAUACAGACGUUCUUUAGACACUGUUGAAUGUUAUAAUCCCAGUAUGGAUAUGUGGAGACCAGUCGCGAACAUGCGUAUACGUCGCAGUUGUGCCGGUGUAGGAGUUUUGAACGGUGUACUGUAUGCUGUAGGUGGCCAUGAUGGAUCUGACUGCCUGAGUAGUGUUGAAGCAUACAAACCAAGUACAGGAGUUUGGACUUCUAUUGCAGACAUGAUCAUACCUCGAAAAUAUCCAGAAGCAGUCGCAUUAGAUGGUUUGUUGUAUGUCGUUGGUGGAUUAAGCGCAUCUUCUUUUUUUGAUUCUGUAGAAUGUUACAACCCAAACACCAAUACCUGGGCCAUGGUCACAGCGAAAUGUAAUAUUUUGCGGAUUUUACCAGGAGUAGUAACAAUUAAUAGACCACUACAUUUUACAACUUAUGAGCAUUUAUGA